AUGGAGGAAGACUGCUUGUAUUGCAUGCUUUAUCCGUCAUACAGAAUUGGGCUAAUUUUCGGAGAUAAUUUUGCCGAAAGAUGCGAUUAUCAUCGAUUAACACUCAGACAAACCAAAAUUAUGUCUGUGUAUGCAAAAAUAAUAGAAGCAAUUCUCUUCAGUCAUACGGCAAUGCUAUGUAUUCACACAAAUUCAUUUGAUGGCGAAAUCAUCGCCUGUAGUCCUAUUGAAGAUUUUGGUGGACGAGACAACUCACCGUUCAUGAAAGGAAUAUUUGCCUGCUUUUCCUUUAGCAUGGCAUUACUGGCACAAAAUGGAAGAAGAGCUAAACUUGUAUACGAUCUCCGAAAUUCCAGUUAUCGCGGAGAAAAAGAAAAAUUGCGCAAUCAACAAAUCACAAUGCGAAACGUCUUAUUAAUAAUGUAUUGCUUCGUUUUGGUUCCCUAUGUAAUUAUAUUAACUUAUGCAAUUAGCAAUGUUGUGGAACGUAAAUCGAGUUACGAAAGAGCUCUCUUUUGCGCCGUUUAUAUUAAUGUCUGUUUCAUUUACGAAUUUGCUCUAUUCGUGUGGGCGAUAUUGAUUCUUCAUGUGGGGGAAUUUGCGAUUAUCGAAAGAUUCAACGUUCUGUCUCGUCGAUUGCAACGGCUUUUCGUUAAAUGUUCGAAGCGAGAUAUCCACAAUUUAAUUGGUAAGCAUGUCGAAUUGUGCGAUUUUAUCAAUCAGGUCAACGAUAAGUGGAGCGAAUGUUCGUUUCUCCUUUACGGUAUUUUGCUGAGUUUCGUAUGUUUUUUCAUCUACAACACUGUAUUUUUUAAAAUGUCAGUUCUCCUGCAUGGCAUCAUGUGCAUUUCCACUAUUCUUGUUGUCACUAUUGCUAUCGUUGCCUCUUUUACUGCUUCUCAUAUUUCUGGAUCCGCUUAUGACUCGUUUCAAGAAAUAAGAAUUAUGAGCGCAUUACCACUUUCUAUUACAGAAAAGCUUAAAGUAUUACAACGAUAUUAUAUAUUUUNUAUUACGCCAUUUAUUUGUAUCACUCAUCAUUUAUACAAUGUUAUCUACAUAAAAAUGCCAACGUGCUUUGUGCAAGGAUGCGAGGCAGGAUAUCAGUCAUCGAACGAGAAGAGACAUUUCUUCCGUGCUCCUAGCGAUAAGAUUGAGGAGUGGAUGCCAUGCAUUCCACGAGACGACAAGAUGCUAACAAAUAAAUGUUACAUUUGUGACAUACAUUUUGCGAGUAGAUUUAUUUUAAAAGCCUUCUCCCAUGUUAUAAAUGGAGAGAAAGUAGAAAUUCCACGAGAUCACUGGGCAUUAACGUCGGAUGCAUAUCCAUCAAACUUCCCUAAUUGUCCUAAGUACAUUAGUAAGUCUGUACCUCAAAAACGAUCAACGCGAUGUCUCACAAGAAAUGAAGAACCAUCUAGGAAGGGAUCACAAAAAGACAAUACCAAAGAUUUGCAUGAUACACACUCCCAAGUAACAACUGUAGAAAAGGAAGUAGAAGAACCCUCCACAUCUGAAGCUGCAACUACACAGCAUCCUGAGCUGUUAUAUGUCAAUAAAAUCUCUGCUUUGCAGUCUGAAUUGUUAAAAGUCAAAGAGGAUUUAUAUCGGUGCAGAAAGCAAAAGAUGAUCUAUAGGAAGAAACUGAAAACUCUUCAAACAGAAAAUCUCAAGCUUCAUCAAGAAAAUACUGAACUUAAAAUGAAACAGUUGUCAGCUGAUAAACUUGAUUCCUUACCACCAAGACAGAAACUUAUAAUAGAGCACAUGCUGAAAGCAUGCCAUAUAAAAAGCAAAAAGGGUAUGAGAUAUGACAUUAAUUGGUUACUUGACUGUUUACUUUUAAAAAUUAGGUCACCAUCUCUCUAUGAAUUUUUGAGAAAUAAUGAUUACUUGCCUUUACCCUGUCAGUCUACACUGCAUCAAUAUAUCAGAGGCAUUAAUGCCAAAUUUGGAUUUGAUGAAGAUCUUUUUGUUGUUUUAAAGACAAAAUUGGAGACAAUUCCACAAACAGAACGCCAGGGAGUUUUAAUUUUUGAUGAAAUCACACUUCAAAAACAUAUAGAACUUUCAAAAGCUACUGGUGAAAUGAUUGGACUUGUUGAUUAUGGUGACAAUUCUGAAUUGCCACAGAGUGAAUUUACAGCAGGUGAUCAUGGCCUAGUGUUUAUGUUCAGACCUCACUUUGCUAGUUGGGUACAAUGUAUUGGCACAUUCUGUUCAAAAAGCUCUGUCUCAGGUUCUACUGUUGCAAAACUUAUUUUGCAAGCAAUUAUUCAUUUAGAACAGUGUGGUGCAAUAGUCAAUGCAAUAGUUUGUGAUGGUGCCAGCACAAACAAAGCAGCUUUAAAAGCUCUAGGAAUUUGUGCAGACACAAAUAAUAUACAAUGCUCAUUUACAAACCCUGCUGCAGAUAGACAAGUACUGGCUAUUAUUGAUGUACCACAUAUUUUAAAAUGUAUGCGAAACAAUCUUUUGAAAAAUACAUACUUUCAGUUUCCUGAAGGAAGGGUAGAAUUACAGCAUUUUAAAGCAGUUGUUGAUGAAGAUUCCAAAUUACCAAAGGGAUUAAAGGCAUGUCCCAAAGUGACAGAAAUACAUGUUAAUCCCAAUAACUUCCAGAGAAUGAGUGUAUUGCUGGCAGCUCAAAUAUUUAGUAAUACUUUUGCUGAUGCUAUGCUGUUUUAUAAACAGCGUGAGGUUGCUAUCCUAAAGAAUGCAGAUGUUACAAUAAGUUUCAUACGUCACAUCAAUGCUCUUUUUGAUGCUUUAAAUCGUAGAUUGCCACAGGAAGGAAUCAGACAUGAUUCAAAUGAUCUCAAGGUUAUUGAAGAAUCUCUAGAAUGGUUAAAUAGAUGGGAAGCAUUCAGAUUACAGAUUAGAAGCACUGAUCAAAAGGGAUUUUUGAGCCACCAGACAGCAGAAAAUCUACGCUUGACGCUGACUAGUAUCUUAGCACUCGUCAGACAAUUGCUUCCAAACUCAUAUUAUAUCCUGACAGCUCACUUUAAUCAGGACCCAUUAGAGCGUUUCUUUGGAAUGAUAAGACAAGGAAGUGGAAGCAAUUCUCAUCCCACAACAGUACAGUUCUUAUACCUGUACAGACUGAUGACUGUGUACAGUUUGGUUCGUCCUCCCAAACGAGCAUCAGUUCAAACUGAUCCAGGAUCUAUGCUUAUUACUUUAAAAAAUCUUCUUCAUAGUCAUAAAAAACCAUUCAGAGAAGUUCAAGAACAAUUGGAAGAACAUUUAGAAAAUUUGCUUUGUGAUCCAAGUCUAUACUAUGGAGAUCCUAGUGAUAGUGAAUUAUUAGAUCAUGAUUAUUGUACACCAGAAACAUUUAAGUUUAUCCUACAUUAUUUAGGAGGUUAUAUUAUUUAUCGUCUACUGCCAUCACUCGGUUGUGAUGAAUGCAAAAAUAUAUUAACAGCAAAACCUGAGGAUGCUGCACCAGAGAAGACAUUUACAUUCAUCAAAUCUCGAGGAGGUUUGUUAUAUCCAAGCUAUAAGCUUUGCCAAUUGAUGUACUGGGCAGAAAGCAAAGUAUGCGAAAAAUUAACAAACCCAAACAUGGAUGUUUAUUUUUCAAUAAUGGAUAAUAUAUUAAAUCAGUGCUCUGUUACAUUGAUGAUAGGAUGUGACAAUGCUGGUCACAAGUCCUACUUGACUUCCAGAUUUUUGCACUUUUUUGUUACUUGUCGAUUGCAUUUUUUCACGCGAACGAUUAAUCAAUCAUUUAUUUCAUCAGUUGAAAGUAAAAACCAUAGAAAAAUUUCUCACUUAAAGUAAAUUUUAAUAACGCAAAUAAUAAUAAUAAUA